CGAAUUUCCAGGCUGCAAAGGUAUUGAAUUUUACUCUGGAAGGGUUGAUCUGAAUUGGAUUAUCCACCGGUAUCAAUCAACUCUUACAGAACUCGCUUUUUUCCAGAGACCGAUCAUGUUCGCCGUUCCAGGUUGGUCGCUCGAGACCGCCGCUCUGAGGCCUCAGGCCGAUGCCUCCAAGCAAAACCAAUCUGGGGCCACUGGAGCCAAUGGAACCCCCCAAUCCGACUCGAGAUCUAUGAAGCGCAAGCGUGAUGACCGUGUGACCAAGUCGAAUGUCGACGAGAUGUACCGUCGCCAUAUCGAGGGCCUGAAGCCCGCUCCGAAGGGCCAGAAGGGUGACAGGAAGCAGAAGAAGGACCAGAAGCCCAAGAAUGCAGAUGCUCAGGGCCCCGCGGACAAGAGGGACGAGCAGCAGGAUCAGGAGCUAAAACAGCAGCCCGAAGAGAAACCAGAGGAAGGAGAAAAGCCCGUCAGCAAGCGCCAGAGGAAGAACAAGAACAAGAAACAGGAGCAGCAACAAGAACAACCACAGGACGGCGAAGGCGCGUCCAACGGAGCGUCAACCGCUGAUGCCUUGCCUGUUGCACCCCCGAAAACUGAGGCCAUUCUCACCCCUCUCCAGCAGGCCAUGCGGCAGAAGUUGAUCUCGUCCCGUUUCCGCCAUCUGAACGAGACCCUGUACACGACACCCUCCGCCAAGGCCCUGGAGCUGUUCUCCGCUAACCCCGAACUGUUCGAUGAGUAUCAUGCUGGAUUCGCUCGCCAGGUUAAGGAGUCCUGGCCUUCCAACCCCGUCGACGGCUAUAUCAAAGCGUUCCGGGGUAGGGGAGCGGUCGCUCCCCGGAGGGGGAACAAGCCCGACAACAAGCGGGGCCCUGCCUUCGCGCUCCCUCGCCGACCCAAUGGAUUGUGCACCGUCGCUGAUCUCGGCUGUGGUGAUGCCCAACUCGCCCGUGCGCUCCAGCCGUCCGCGAAAAAGCUGAACCUGAAGCUUCUCAGCUACGACCUGCACGCCCCGAAAGACUCUCCCAUAACCAAGGCAGACAUCUCCAAUCUCCCGUUGGCUGAUGGCUCCGUCGACGUUGCCGUCUUUUGUCUCAGUCUGAUGGGCACCAACUGGGUGUCGUUCGUGGAGGAGGCAUGGCGCGUCCUGCGAAGUGACGGCAAGGGCGAGUGCUGGGUCAGUGAGGUCAAGAGUCGGUUUGGCAAGGUGACCCGCAAGAAGGCUCAGAUCGGCGCAAAGAAGCCGCAAGAGCUCACCAAGUCCGAGAGGAAGAAGCUCAAGAAGAUUCAGUCGGGCGAGGAGGAAGGGUCGGACGCGGAGGACGCUGAAGUCUUCGCUGAAGACGCUCGUCCGACCAGCAACAACGACGAGACGGAUAUCUCCGCAUUUGUUGAGGUGUUCCGGACGCGAGGCUUCUCCCUGAAGCCCGAGUCGGUUGACAAGUCCAACAAGAUGUUCGUGAGGAUGGAAUUUGUUAAGCAUGGCGCCCCUUCCAAGGGCAAGCAUGUCUCUACUGCCCCUGCCAGCUCUGGUCCGGGCAAGAAGAGGUUUAUCGACCGGUCUCUCGCCGACAAGGGAAUGUCCGCCGAGGAAGAGGCUGCCGUUCUCAAGCCCUGCGUCUACAAGAUCCGGUAGAUGUGACCAUCUGCAUGUGUGGGGGGUGACCAUCUGUAUAUACGAUAUCAUCUUUUACUAUUUCUGUUAUUGAUGAAAGCAAGGCUGCAACCACGUCGCAAAAGCAUGGGAAAGGAAUAAAAGCAUUCGGAAU